AUGUCAGAAAUUUCGUUUUAUCAAUUAGCAAAAACAUCGAUGGUUGAAUUGUCAAUAAUUUAUGCAAAACGGUCAUCUCAUCUUGAAUUGUAUGUUAGAAAGAUAACAAAUUUAAGAGUCUAUAUGAAUGAAACAGAACUUAUUUUUCGUGCCACUUAUUGUUUGAACAAUAUAAAUUCGCAAUCUGUAACAAGUCAACCAAUCAAAAUCACCGAAUUGGGAAGUUAUAAAAUUAAAAAAAUCAAUAAAACAGAAAAUGGUUAUAUUUUAGAUCAUAUCAAAAUACCAUCUGAUGAAUAUUUAACAUUGAAUAUAGAAAUAAAUGAGCUGAUAAAUUAUAGUCAGAAUAUUCAAAUUGUGUUCGAAAUAUUCAUUCAAACAAAUUUUUCGGGUCAAAUACUUUGUUUAACAAGAAUUGUAUUAAGUUCAACCAAUGUGAAUAAUAAUUAUGAUAAAAAUCACGAAUCAACUUCAUUACAAUAUUCUGAUUUAAUUAGAGAAUUACACAGACUAAAGGAAAAUAAUUCAUGUAGUUCAACACAAAAAAUAACAUACUGGCAUCAGAUAAACAGAACAUAG